AUGACCCUUAACAGUCUCAACAAAGUCAUUGAAGAUGCUGAGGAGAGGCAAUACAGAGACCCUUCUGUGAAGCGCUGGCUUGAUGAGCUCAAAGAUGCUGUGUUCCAAGCUGAGGAUCUGCUGCUUGAGAUUGCAACCGAGGCCUCUCGACGCAAGCUGCAACUUCAACUUCAUCCUAACAUAGGUAAGCUACGCAACUACUCCACUUCCAUUGUGAACCCAUUUGAAAAACAAAUUGAACCAAGGAUGCAGACACUUGUCGACUACCUAGAUUGCUUAACAAAGAAGAGGAAGCAACUGGGGUUGAAGGAUGGCUCUGGCGCACUUACUCCAGCGGGAGUGAAGGGGAAAGUUUUCAAGAGAUUGCCAGAAUUGUCUUUGAUAAAUGAAGCUGAUAUAUUUGGUAGAGGUUCUGAUAAAGAGAAACUAAUCAAUAUUUUAAUGUCGCCCAGCGAGGGUGGGAAUGGAUCCCCGGUGGAUGUGAUUGCCAUCGUAAGUAUGGGUGGAAUGGGUAAGACAACACUCACACGGCUUGUUUACGAAGACAAAAGAAUGAUAGAUGAAUUUCAACACAGAGCUUGGGUGUGCAUUUUCGAAGAGUUCGAUCCUGUUCAAGCUACAAAAGCAAUUCUUAAAUCACUUGAUAGUAAAAUUGAACUUGAGCAGUCAGAUGAUUUAAAUCCACAUCAGCGUCAACUAAAGGACAAGUUGAAGGAUAAGAAAUUCUUCAUGGUUCUCGAUGAUGUGUGGAAUCGGAAUCAUGCUAUCUGGGACGCCUUUCGAACUCCUUUCAACUAUGGAGCUCCAGGAAAACUUGAAUCAAUUGGUAGAACAAUUGUUGGCAAGUGUGGAGGGUUGCCUUUGGCAAUAAAAACAUUGGGAAGUUUGCUGGGCACAAAACCAACUCCUCAAUAUUGGGAUGCAAUUUUGAAGGGUGAUAUUUGGUCCUUAUCAGAGGAUGAGAGCAAUAUAAUCCCAUCUUUAAGGUUAAACUACCAUUAUUUACCUUAUGAUAUCAAGCGCUACUUUGCAUUUUGUUCCAUCUUUCCAAAAGAUUACUUGAUAAAGAAGGAUGUUCUCAUUCAAUUAUGGAUGGCUGAAGGUUUGUUACAUUAUGCUCACACAAGCAAGAGCUUUGAAGAAGUGGGUAAUGAAAUCUUCAAUGACCUACAAUCUAGAUCAUUUUUUGAACCAUUAGAAAAGAAUGGCAAUUGCUUCAUGAUGCACGAUCUUUUGAACGAUUUAGCAAAGUCUAUGAUGGGAGAGUUUUGUGUACAGCUAGAUGCUGGUCGAGUGCAAGAAAUUUCAACAAAGGCUCGUUACUUUUCAUCUAGGGGCAAAUGA